UCAGUGAGUGUAAAUUUAAUUUCCGGAAGCCAAAAUAGUGACAGGUAAUCCCACAUCUCCGCUUAAACACCUCUCUUACACUUCUCCAUCCUCUAACCUUGUUAUAAAUAGGUCUAACACGCACUCUGAGGAUAAAGAGGCAACAUCCUCGCAACAGCGAUGUCUUUAAUCGGAUUGUACCCGUGUUCGAAUAUUUCUGCUCCAACAGCCUUGAGCAUUACAUCUGCUACGUUUUGUUCUCUACUCACCGUCACAGCUACCACAGGCAACGUCCUGGUACUUCUUGCCGUAAUUAUCGAUCCAAAUCGCAAUCUACGAUCGCCAUUUAACUUCUUGGUGGCUAAUUUAGCGGCAGCAGAUCUGAUCGUUGGCUGUGUUGCGCUUCCGAUGUCAGUGGAAUUCUACAUUCGCGAAUCGCUAACGGAUAAAAUAACUCUCCUUCCGAGAGAUGAUGCUCGACGGGUCAGUUCCUUCAUCUCUACGACAGCGUCACUGUUUAGCUUAGCAGCUUUGACUGUGGACAGAUUUAUCGCAAUUACAGAUCCGUUGAAAUACAAGAUCAAAUUGACUACAAAGCGAGCCGCCAUAGUUUCGCUUGUUCUAUGGGUCGUUUCAAUUGCCUUUCCGUUUCUUUAUUUUAAAGUCGGUUAUUUGAACUAUCAAUUUGUCUUCGCAAAUACAGCGGUAGUAGCCACGUUCUCCGUCAUGUGCCUUACUUAUAUGAAGGUUUUCAAAAGCUUUAAAAUACAAGUGAAGAACUGGGACAUUUUACACGAUGGUCGUGACGGUGACAAUCACGUCAAAAUGAGGGCAAUCAAGUGGGAAAAGAAGAUCACAAAAACUUUUCUUAUCAUGCUCGCGCUGUUUAUUUGCUGGUUUCUCCCGUCUUUGUUAUUGAUCUACGUGAUUAGCUUCUGCGGAAGUUGUAACUGUGUAUUUAUUCACUGGGCAAGAGAUUUAAAUUACAUUUUAAUCAUGGCCAACUCAAGCAUGAACCCCUUUGUUUUCGCAUGGCGUCUCGAGCCGUACCGGAGGGCAUUCUCAAAGAUCCUAACUUGUGGAAAAAUCGUCGCAAAACUGCGUUCGGUUUCUUUGCAGAUGAGCCAGUCCAUGAACUCGCUAUCGUUGGGUCCUACAGUUUCAGGAACUAUCACCACCACGACUUCAAGCGACAAUCCAGUGUAGUUCAGCUAAUUUUCCUUUUUUUCUUUUUAUUCAGUUCUUCUUUUUGUAAACGAUACAUUGUUAUUGACAGUUUCCUGAGGUCAAAAAUGUUUUGUCAGAGACGUAACAAUACACCCGAUUGUCGCUGAUAAUAGAUACCAAUAGUCGAUAGUAUUUUUCACUUUCAAGAUUUGUUUUCGGAGAUAAUGCACAAAAAUUUAAAACGGGUCACCAUUACUGUAAGAUUGGCAAGCUAUCUUUCUAGUAUGUAAUAUCGAUAUUAGCAAUUGUGAUAUUUUGGGAAUGAUUGCCACCUAUGUAAACAGUUCUCAAAGAUAUACCAGCUUGUUUUUGUGUCCUUUUUUUUUUUCCCACGCCAAAAUGCUUUUCCCGGAUCUGCUGAAAAAAAAAAAAUCUGUCAAGAUCAGUUGAAAAUACGACAGAAAUAUUUUGGUUUGUAUAUAGGACUCAUAUACGGCCAUUGCCAUCGAAAAACAUGCUGGUUCCACGCAGUAUUUUUUCAAUUGACAGCACCCACUUCAUUUACACUCGUCAUUUAUUCAGGGCACUAUUUAGUCCGAUAUUAAAAGCUUAUAUAUUGAGUGCGGUAUUCCGUUCUGCAUAUGAAGUAAGUAGGUCUUGGAGACUAUAUAAUGGUGUUUGAACAAUAUAACAAAGGUUAUUCAAAUUAAGUCUUCUAACUUAGAGAUAAUUAGAACUGCCAACUUUUCAGUUGGCUUCAACUGACAACCUUGUCAGCUUGUUAACUUGGUAGAGCGCUGCACUAGUAUCGCAGAGGUCAGUGGUUCGAAUCCCGUACAAGCCUGAUUUUUUUCAAGUCUGAUUUUCGCUAUUCCAUAAAUAGCGCUCUCUACUGCGAGGAUCGUGCACCAUACGAAGUUUUCAGAUUGUAAAACAUGGAACAAUUAGCCAGUUGUAUUUCCCUUUGGGUAUAUUAAAAGUCUAGGAAUACUUUC